AUGGCGAAAGAUAAAAAGCAACAAAAGAAACCAUCGAAGAAAACACCAGCACCCUGUCCACUGAGCAACAACAAAAAAACAGUUAAGAAGGACAUAAAAAAAGAGAAAAAAAAAGGAAUUCGAAGUAACCCCCUUAUUUUUGAAAAGAAGAAAAAAAGUAAUAUAAUUGGAGUUGGUGUUAGGGCCAAGAGAGAUUUAUCCAAGUAUGUUAAAUGGCCAAAGUAUAUUCGAAUUCAGAGAAAAAAAAAAAUUUUGUUGGAGAGACUUAAAGUACCCCCAUCAAUCAAUCAGUUCAAUCACACCCUUUCGAAAAGCCAGACACAAGACCUGAUGAACUUCCUUAAGGCAUAUAAACCAGAAUCGAAAGAAGAAAAGAAAAAAAGACUCAUUAAGAAAGCAAAGGAUGAAUUAAACAAAGUGGUGCCGAGAGAUAAAAAGCCACUAUUUAUCAAGUAUGGAAUUAAUCACAUAACUAAAUUAGUAGAACGAAAAAAAGCAAAUCUUGUUGUUAUAGCUAAUGAUGUGUCUCCAAUCGAAUUAGUCUUAUUUCUACCAACACUGUGUCGAUUAAAAGACAUUCCUUAUUGUAUCGUCAAAGAUAAAGCUACCUUGGGUAAGCUUGUACAUAAAAAAACAGCCACAGCAAUUUGUGUUCAAAAUGUUCUAAAAGAAGAUCAAGAGAAGUUAGAUUAUUUUGCAAAGAUCUCCAGAGAAAAUUUCAAUGACAAUGUUGAGAUUAGAAGAAAAUGGGGAGGUCAGAAAAUGAGUGCAAAAUCCUUAAUGUUGAAAAAAUUAAAAGAUAAAGCGAAGAAAAUUGAAGAGGCUAAAAAGAAGGAAAUUUCGGCCAAGUUGUAA